UAUAGCCCUUAGGGAAGAAAGAGAGAGAGACAAGGGUGGUUUGGGUUACGGCGGAGACCGGAGAGAGACCAAUUCGCACGCUCGCAAGCCGACGAUGGGGAAGACUCCGGUGCGCAUGAAGGCGGUUGUGUACUCACUUUCCCCCUUCCAGCAGAAGGUGAUGCCUGGGCUUUGGAAGGAUUUACCCGACAAGAUUCACAAGAAGAUCUCUGAAAACUGGAUCAGCGCCGUUCUCUUGCUUACUCCUCUCGUCGGCACAUACACGUAUGUGCAGCACUACCAGGAGAAGGAGAAGUUGGAACAUAGGUACUAAGGCCAAAGAAAUUCAGCAUUUUAAGUUCAAUCACCCAUACAUAUCAUAUGGGCUCCUAAAAGGGUUGUCUUGAACUUUAAUGAGAUUAAUUGUUGAACUGUUCAUCUGGAGUUGAUAUGACCGCAAACUAGGUUAUGGUCGAUCUACCUUCCAAUAAAUUCAUGGUUUUCUUGUCUAAUUCGUUAUUUUUAUUUUUUAUGUUAUAAAAUACAUAUGGAACGAGGCUAUACAUUUUAUGGUAGAGACAAUGGCAUUCUCAUAUUCCGUUA